AGCAACUAGAGCAGUACUGGGAAGGAUUCUGGAGCCAGAGAGCACAGAGAGAUGGAGGGUGGGGAUAAGAGUGAAGAUGAGCUGAAGAGUCUCAGCCAGGCCCCUGCAAUGGAGACUCUAGGGAGCCCAGAGUUCCUCCCACGGAACUCUCCAGAAGAGAGGCUGCCCCCAGAGGGGAGCAGACUGCGGGCCACCGCCUGGCGUGUGCUGAUGAAUGCCCUGCUCUUCAGCCUGCUCCUGGCUUCUUCUGUGCUUUUAGUCUACGCCUUCCGGAACUGUGGCCCAGGUGCCUGCCAGAGGCAGGUGUGUUGGGAUCUUAGGGCUCUUUACCUGGCCUCGGGGAACAGCAGCGUGGACCCCUGCACCGACUUCUUCAGCUUCGUCUGUGGAAAGACAAACAGGUCCAGCGAUUCCUUCCAGGCUCUUGCUGAGGAGAACAAGAGCCAACUUCGGAGGAUCUUGGAGGCCCAGGGCUCCUGGCGUCCAGGCUCGGGAGAAGAGAAAGCCUUUCAAUUCUAUAGCUCCUGCAUGGACACACACACCAUUGAAGCCUCAGGGACUGGGCCCCUCAAACAAGUUAUUGAGGAGCUUGGAGGAUGGCGCAUCUCUGGUAAUUGGACAUCCUUAGACUUUAACCAAACUCUGAGACUUCUGAUGAGUCAGUAUGGUCACUUCCCAUUCUUCAGAGCCUACCUGGAACCUCAUGAGAUCACCUCACACACACCAGUCAUCCAGAUAGACCCACCAGAGUUUGAUGUUCCCCUUCAGCAAGAGCAGGAACAGAAGGUCGAUGCCCAGAUCUUUCGGGAGUACUUGAAGUACCUGAACCAGCUGGGGAACUUGCUGGGAGGGGACCCAGUGAAGGUGCAAGAACACGCCUCCUUGUCCAUCUCCAUCACUUCAAGGCUGUUCCGGUUUCGUAGGCCCCUGGAGAAGCAGCAAGCACAGGGCAAGGUUGACCAGAUGGUCACUAUAGACCAACUCCAGGAAAUGGCCCCGGCCAUCGACUGGUUGUCCUGCUUGCAAGCAACAUUCACACCGAUGUCCCUGAGCCCUUCUCAGCCCCUCAUGGUUCAUGACCUGGAAUAUUUGAAAAACAUGUCACAACUGGUGGAAGAGCUGGUGUUGACACACAGGGACUUUCUGCAGAGCCACAUGAUUUUAGGGUUGGUGGGGACUCUUUCUCCAGCCCUGGACAGUAAAUUCCAGAAUGCACGCAGAGAGCUGAGGCAGAAACUUCGGGAGCUGACAGAGCAACCACCCAUGCCUGCCCGCCCACGAUGGAUGAAGUGCGUGGAGGAGACAGGCACCUUCUUUGAGCCCACCCUGGCGGCCCUGUUUGUUCAGGAAGCCUUUGGCCCCAGGACCCAAAGUGCUGCUAUGAAAUUAUUCAUGGCCAUCAAGAAUGCCCUCAUCACUCACCUCAGAAGCCUUCCCUGGAUGAAUGAGGAGACCCGGGAGAAGGCCCAGAACAAGGUCACCCAACUUCAGGUAGAGAUGGGGGCCCCAGAAUGGGCCCUGAAGCCAGAGCCCACCAGGCAAGAAUACAAUGAUAUACAGCUUGGACCUAGCUUCCUGCAGUCUUUCCUGAGCUGUGUCCGAGCCCUUCAAGCUAGAACUGUCCAGAGCUUCUUGCAGCCCUUCCCCAACCACAGGUGGAAGGUGUCCCCCUGGGCUGUCAGUGCCUACUACUCAGUCCCUGACCAUGUGGUGGUCUUCCCAGCUGGACUCUUGCAGCCCCCGUUCUUUCACCCUGGCUACCCCAGAGCCGUGAAUUUUGGUGCUGUUGGCAGUAUAAUGGCUCGUGAGCUGUCACAGGUCUUCUACGAACUCUUGCUCCCUGAAGACUGCCCAGACUGCAGCCCCCGUGCCCUGCAGAGGGAGCUCCUGUGUCUAGAGCACCACUAUGCCUCCUUCCAGUCACCAGACAGAAGCUUCUUCAAUGGAUCCCGCAGGUUUCUGGAGAAUGCUGCAGAUGUGGGUGCUCUGACCAUCGCACUGCAGGCAUACAGGGAGAGUCUGUUGAGGCACUAUGGGGAGACAAUCCUGCCCAGCCUGGAGCUCAGCCCCCAGCAGAUCUUCUUUCAAAGCUAUGCCCAGGUGAUGUGCAGCAGGCCCAGCUCCCAGGACUCCAACCACACUCACAGUCCUGCCCCGCUUCGGGUCCACGGGCCAGUCAGCAGCACCUCAAUGUUUGCGCAACACUUCAGUUGUCCCCGUGGUGCCCUCCUGAACCCCGCUAGCCGCUGCCAAAUCUGGUGA